AGGGAGGUGCUGAUGACGCCACCUGUUUCUCAAUGGACUGCGCGACUCGUGCGCCUUCAGUAGUGAGCGAGGCUCAGUGGAGUCAGCGGGACGCAGCGGGUCAGGAGUCGCCGAGGCGCAUCUGAAACUGGAAUCAUGGAGCCCCGCCGGACCCUUCUCUGUCUCUGUGUUUUUGUCUGCCGAGUGUUGACCAGCCUUCAGUCCAAAGAACAAGUGUUGCUGGACAUGAAAGCUUCUGGGGGAGAGCUCGGAUGGCUGACGUCCCCCAGUGAGAACGGGUGGGAGAUUGUCCAGACGGUGGUCAACGGCUCCCUCUUCUACACCUACAGCGUGUGCAGCAUCGACACCAGCGAGCAAGACAACUGGCUACGGACCACCUUCAUCCAGCGGCGGCCGGGAACGUCCCGCUUGUCUGUGGAGCUUCGCUUUAUCGUACGGGACUGCAACACCUUUGAUGGCGCCUCCGUGUCCUGCAAAGAAACCUUCAACCUUUUCAUAUCCGAAGCUGACGCUGACGUCGGCACCAACUUCCGUAAAGGGCAGUUCCGCAAAGUGGCGACCAUUGCUCCAGAUGAGGUCACUCAGGGUCGCACGCUAAAGGUCAACACAGAAACCAGGACCGUGGGGCCUCUAUCCAGAAAAGGCUUCUACUUGGCCUUCCAGGACAUGGGUGCGUGUGUGGCACUGCUGUCGGUGAGAGUCUACUACAAGACCUGCCCCUCCACCGUGGAGAGCCUGGCUGUUUUUCCCGAGACUGUGGCGGACUCUCUCAAGGAUGUGGAGGGAGUGUGUGUGGAGAAUGCCGUCAGCCAGGCCACCCCACGCAUCUACUGCACAGCUGAGGGGAAAUGGGUGGUUCCUGUGGGCCAGUGUCAGUGUCUCCCAGGCUACGAAACCACCGGGGACGCCUGCCAAGCGUGCAAGCCCGGUUACUUCAAGAAGUCCUUAUCGGAUCGGCUGUGUCAGCUCUGCCCCGAUAACACCCAACCCUCCGCGGCUGGAGCCACCGAAUGCCAGUGCCAGGACGGUUUCUUCCGCUCGCCCACUGACCCGCCAACGUCCGCCUGCUCUGCUCCACCUAGUGCCCCGCGUGACCUGACCUCUGUUACCCUGUCAGCAGAGGGCAGGCUCCAGCUGUCCUGGAGUUCACCUCUGGUCACCGGGGGUCGCAGCGAUCUCACCUAUAGAGUGGUGUGCGAGCUCUGUGAUGUCGCGCCAUGUGUCCCCUGCGGCGAGAAGAUCCGCUUCGAGCCAGGUGCCACUGAUCUGCGGGAAACUUCUGUGGUGGUCACUGAGCUGGACUCCCAUCUUAACUACACCUUCACCGUGGAGUCUCACAGUGGGGUCUCCCAGUAUGGGUCCUCUAAGGCUGCUGCCACCAUUACCACAGCUCUGGACUAUACUGAUCCCCCCAAGGUGACGUUGAUCCAUCUGGACGAUCGCAGCCCCACCAGUCUGUCUCUCUCCUGGGCCCUGUCACGCAGACCUCCGUCCCACAUCAAUCAUCGCUAUGAGCUUAUGUACCGAAGAAAAGAUGAUGAUGGAGAGCGUGAUGUCACCAUCUACACCGUACUGGUUUUGGAGAAGACAUCGGUGCAGAUAGUUGACCUCACACCAGACACAAGCUACAUGUUCAGGGUCCAGGCUCUGAGUCCAGAAGGAAACCCUGGCGCCUACAGCAUGGAGUACGAGUUCCACACGCCACCGCUAGCAGCUGUGCCUCAGAUCCAAAACAACUCCACCAUUGUGAUGGCAGCGCUGGUCGGAGUGGCCGUCAUCUUGCUGGUCAUCGUGGCCGUCCUGCUGCUGCGCAGAAGGAGACUGAACUCUCAUCGCGGCGGAGGCCCCGAGGAUCCGUACUUUUCCACAGAUCAGCUUAAGCCUUUGAAGACUUACGUGGAUCCACACAUGUACGAGGAUCCUAACAUUGCCAUCCAGAAGUUUGUCAAGGAAAUCGAUCCCAAUUCCAUCAGUAAACAGAAAGUGGUCGGUGUCGGAGAGUUUGGGGAAGUGUUUUGGGGGGUGAUGAAGACCCCAGCACGAGGCGACGUGCCUGUUGCUAUCAAAACCCUGAAGCCCGGCUACUCUGAGAAACAGAGGCAGGAGUUCCUGAGUGAGGCGAGCAUCAUGGGCCAGUUCUCACACCCCAACAUCAUCCGCCUGGAGGGAGUGGUCACCAAGUUUAAACAUGCAAUGAUUGUGACGGAGUACAUGGAGAAUGGAGCUCUGGACACAUAUCUAAAGGACCGCGAUGGUGAGAUUCCCUCGUACCAGCUGGUCGGGAUGCUGCGAGGAAUAGCUGCUGGCAUGAAGUACCUGUCGGACAUGAGCUACGUCCAUCGUGACUUGGCAGCAAGAAACGUUCUGGUGAACAGCAACCUGGAGUGUAAAGUGUCCGACUUCGGAUUGUCCCGCGUCCUGGAGGACGACGCCGAGGGCACCUACACCACCAGGGGAGGAAAAAUCCCAAUCCGCUGGACGGCUCCUGAGGCCAUCGCUUACAGGAAGUUCACCUCAGCCAGCGACGUGUGGAGCUUUGGCAUCGUCAUGUGGGAGGUGAUGGCGUUUGGAGAACGACCCUACUGGGACAUGAGCAACCAUGAGGUGAUGAAGGCCAUCAACGAGGCCUUCAGGCUUCCUGCUCCCAUGGAAUGUCCUUCAACCAUCUACCAGCUCAUGUUGCAGUGCUGGCAGCACGACCGUUCCAAAAGGCCUCGCUUCACCGACAUUGUCAACAUCCUGGAAAAGCUCCUCAGAAGCCCAGAAUCCUUAAAAACCAUUGCCGACUUUGAUCCACGUGUGUCCAUCCGGUUGCCGAGCACCAGCGGCUGCGACGGCACCAUGUUCAGGUCGGUGCCCGAGUGGUUGGACUCCAUCAAAAUGAGCCAGUACAACGAGAGCUUUGCCCGCGCCGGGAUCACCACCAUGGAGCAGGUGCUCGCCUUGAGGCAUGAAGACAUCAGGAACAUUGGCGUGCGGUUGCCGGGUCACAUGAAAAGGAUCGCCUACAGCAUCCUGGGCCUGAAAGACGAGACCAGCUCUCUCAGCGUCUUCUCAGUGUGAUCUAAGCAUUCCUCACAAUCAAAGUGGACCGACUGUGCCAUUUCACUCACGGAGGACUGAAGUGUGGCUUGGCCACACGUUUCCUGUGACAGUGUGGCCCGACUGAAGAGGAACCCGCCCGCUGCUCAGGGAGAACUGAGAUUCAAAAACACUAAUGUACUUUAUAGAGAAAAGUUAUUUAUGUAAGAAAUAUUCAACGCUGCAGGUCAUGUGAUGUUGCAAAAGAGAGCGCAUUGCGAGUGAGCGAGUGCUUGACCUCGUGCUGACAGGCGAAAAUAUUUCAUGCUCUUUGUGAUUAAGGGCUGCUGUUUUCUUUCAAGCACUGUCUUCCUUUACCUGCCAGGAUUUAGUCACUUGUUUUUCUACUCUUCUGGUGAUCGACAAGACUUUAACUCUGGAACGACUGUUCCGCUCAGGGCGAAGAAUCACACAUUUCUGUUUUGUCUUUUUCCUGCAUCGAGUCUCCAAUAUUGUUUACGUCGAGUCUUAAUACAACUGUUGGAUUUUAUUUAAUAUUUAUUUUAUAUUUAUGUUGUUUCAUGACUCCUGAUUCAUGUAUUGCCAGUUAUCAUUUUUAUGUUGUAAUAAAAUCAGUGUUUCAUCGCUCAUGAUUCACUUUG